AUGGACGGCCAUGACCUCCAGGAUGCUGCGGGCAAUGAUCUCCGGAAACCCCACCAAAAAUCUCCCUUAAUUUCGCCCAUUCCGUCAGCCGAUGCUCAACCUCCAACCCUACGUCGUGUCGGUGACAGCCCCUCUAUAAUGAGCCCUUCCUCCACACCUCUUGGCCUUAUCAAUGCCGCCCGGAAGCCACCUACUGUUCCUCCUACCUCUACCACACGGUCCAGCGGCUUGAAUCAGGAUAUCCAGGCCAAAAUGAAGGCCUUUUCACUUUCCAGACAAGGUGCUCGUCCAGGACUGAGCCCGCAAUCAUCUUCAACCGCCAAUCCUGGUACCGGAAACCCUACAGUGACUUCUGCGGCCCAGGGCGGCCCGUUUGUCGGUGGUAUUCCUCCCACCGGUGGCCGAGGCACUCCUCAGGUAGUUGGUGGCCCUAUUCCACCGGGAAUCGGCAGAUUACCGUCACAGACAUCCCCUGGAUGGACGCCGCAUCCACCUAGUCCAAAUCCAAAUAGCCCAAUACAACCAAAGAUGGGUGGUUUGGCUGCGAAAAGAGGAUUAACCCGUGGAAUGAAGUUAUCCGAUGCUUCGGGCCCUCGAAUGGACAAACCCACGCCGGCGAAACCGGGAAGUCUCCCCGGUGCGAACGAUGCCUCGCGGUGCGCCGGAGGAGCCCCAGAGACGCAGUUCAGCAGGUACUCAGAGUUUGUGGAUACGAAAACGGGUACUCUGAAUUUUAGGAACAAGGCGAUUAUACAUAGCGGUGGCAUAGACUUUACCUCGGGAAGCAGUUUCAACAUAUCUCUAGACGAGGUCGAUACGCUUGAUGAACUGGGAAAAGGGAACUACGGCACCGUCUAUAAGGUUCGCCACUGUCGUCCGCAUCUGCGAAGACCUGGCGUGGGACUGCGGGGUACCGUAUCCAGGCAAACCGUGGCCCAAUCCACUUCUACACCAGCCUCUAGCAGUCCCAAUUCUAAGAAUACCUCCAACGUUAUCAUGGCCAUGAAGGAGAUCCGCCUCGAAUUGGAUGAGGCAAAAUUUACCGCUAUUAUAAUGGAGCUUGACAUCCUUCACCGCUGUGUAUCGCCGUUUAUCAUUGAUUUCUACGGUGCUUUUUUUCAGGAAGGUGCAGUGUACAUUUGUGUGGAAUACAUGGAUGGUGGGUCUGUGGAGAAAGUGUACGGCGAUGGGAUCCCCGAGAAUAUACUCCGGAAAAUCACCCUGUCUACUAUCAUGGGCUUGAACUCCAAUGUGGUGGAAUUCAUUUGUGACUUUGGUGUUAGUGGGAACCUGGUGGCGAGUAUCGCGAAGACAAACAUCGGCUGCCAGAGUUAUAUGGCUCCCGAACGGAUUGCAGGAGGUGGCGGCACCGCAGGCGGUGGAACCUACAGUGUGCAGAGUGAUAUAUGGAGUUUGGGCCUGACCGUGGUUGAAUGUGCUAUGGGCCGCUAUCCAUAUCCCCCUGAAACAUUCAAUAACAUAUUCAGCCAGUUGAACGCCAUCGUCCACGGCGACCCUCCCAAGCUCCCUGAACACGGCUACUCGCCUGAAGCCAAAGAUUUCGUCCAGAGAUGUCUGAACAAAGACGCGUCCCACCGACCCACAUACUCCAUGCUCCUUCGCGACCCUUGGCUAUCCUGCCUCAUGAAGCCGCCUGAGGACAAUCCGCCAACCAAGGACGAGGAAGAAUACAAGGCAGGCAUCGACAACGACAACGACAACGACAAUGUCGACGAUAAAGACGCAACUACCAACAACAAAAAGCCACCGCCGUCUUCUCUUAUUGAAACAGCCGAUGAGGAAGUCGCCACAUGGGUUUUGGACGCGCUGGACCGUCGUGCAAGAGGCGUCAUGGGAAAUCAGCACCGGCCGGCGUUGCAUGCUGUGGCGCUUGAUGCUGUGCCGGGGACCCCGAUGUUGGACGGCCCGUCAUCGUUGCCAUCGAAAUGAGGAGUGGAGAGGAAAGGGGAUGGAUGAUUUGUGGGGAUUGGUGGGGAUUGGAAUACACGAUUUUGUGGUGGGAGCCAAUUAAGGGUUCCUAAAAGAGUUUUGGAUGUAUGGGAGUGGAAAUGGGAAUUGUGGAUGUGAGUAAAAAGAGAUGGAUUGACGGUAUAUACAUUUUCCCGCGGCGAGAGAAGGGGGACGGAUGAGGGUUACGGUCUAUUGCGCAGGAGUAGAGGAAGCCCAGAACAAACAAAUGGAGAGGUGGGCAGGCGGACAAAUCGUACUGAUCAGUCGAGCUGAGGAGACGAAAAUAUGGAACGAAACGAGAUUCAAGAAUGAAAUUGAAACUGCGCUGGCGCGGGAUGGGUGGUGGAUUUCCUUUUUUUAUUGUCUCCUCCUCUCUCUUUUUCUCUUCCUCCCUCCCCCUCUCGUCCUCCCUCUCUCGUCUGUAGUUUUGUCUUGUGAGUGGAUUAAGGUAGGAAGUUUAGGUUAUACCGUUCUUCUCUUUUUAUUUCA